AUGUCGCAAGAGCAACCACCCCCGGAUGGGGUCCCCACUCACGGCCCCGCUCCCGGCCCGUCCCUUCUCUCCACCGCCUCCGCCUCGGCCACAACAACAGCUCCGUCCACGAUCCCAGUCUCGGUUCCUAGUCCGGCCGACAUACUUGGCACCCCCACCACAUUCGAUACAACUAUCACAACCAACAUCGACAGAAGAAGGGCAACGUCAGGAGAGAUCGACAACUGGGCACGCACCAUAUACAACUACCACCGAAUGCACAUGCCCCUUCCCACCUUUUCUCCUAUUCCCCAAAACCCAUCAGACUUGGAAGAAGACGACUCGGAGCCAACUCGAAUAAUCUUCACCCUCUGCUCCCUCGACCUCCGCGUAGCCCGCUACGCCGCCCAUCUCUUUCUCACCACCUUUCUUCCUCCAUCUCCUCCUCCUUCCUCCACCACUACCUCCUCCUCUUCCUCCAGCAGCAAAGCACAAGCACAAGCACAACCGGACUCAUCACCACCACCCCCCCGCAAAGCCUACCAGUACCUCCUCUUCUCAGGCCACUCCGGCCUUUUGACCCGUUCUUUGACCGGCGACCACAUUUCUUCUACCACCUCCUCCGACGGCGACACCCAACCCCAAAAAGCAGAAGACAAGAAAAAAUUCCAAUCCGAAGCCUCCAUCUUCGCCUCCAUUGCGCUCUCCAUGGGCGUGCCCCCCUCCGCCAUCCUCAUAGAAGAGCAAUCCACCAACACGGGCGAAAACGUGCGCUUUACUCAUGCGUUACUGGAAAAAAGGGGAAUCAAAGUAAAGGAUUUUUUGCUGGUGCAGAAACCGUAUAUGGAGCGGAGGACGUGGGGGACGUUUGGGAGGCAGUGGCCUUCUUCUUUUUGUUCUUCUUCUUCUUCUUCUUCUUCUUCUUCUUCUUUUUCAGGGGCUUCAGGGGCAGCAGGGGCAGCAGGGGUGGGAGUGGAAUGGGAAGAAGAAGAAAAAGAGGAAAAAGAGGAAACAGUGAAAUAUAGCGUGACCAGUCCGCCGUUGGAGUGGGAGGAGUAUCCUGAUGAGGAGAGUGGGAAUGGAAGAGAACUGGUUAUUAACGUCAUGGUGGGAGAUUUGGUGCGCAUAAAGGAGUAUGGGGAGAAGGGGUGGCAGGUUAAAAUGGAGAUACCAGAAAAUGUGUGGGAGGCGGGUAGGAGGUUGGUGGAGGAGGGAGGGUACGGGGGGCAUUUACCGGAGGGGUUUCGGUUUACUUGA